AUGCCAGUCGCCAUCGACAUGGACAAUCCCCUCGAUCAAACAACCCUCACCACAAUCUCUCUCCUCGAAUCGCGACUCCUCCGUAUAGAGCAUCUCCUCUAUGGCCCGACGGCGUCACAUCCACCCGUACACCAAGAUUCCGCUGUACAAAAUAUGAGGGACCUGGAGAGACGCUUUUCCAUGAUGGUAUCACAUUUCCGCGUCUACAGUGAACUUCUCAACAUCUACAAAUCCAAUCCAGACUUCUUCCACAGCCCCAAGGCAUCCGAACCGCCAUCUCAACUUCCCACCGAUGCAAUCCAAUCUAUAGUAAUAUCACAGGCUUCUGCCUUUUCCUCGGCACUGUCCUCCCUCACAGCCAUUCAAGACAGCGUGGUGCCAGAUCCGGCCGAGAGCGCAACCCUUAUCGGCCUGACGGACAAAAUGAAGGCCAUGGAGGCAACGCAAAUGGCGCAAUCGGCCGAGAUUUCUGAUUUACGGCGGAGGAGCGAGGCGGUCAUCCGAGCAUGGUACGAGAACGGUGUGCUCGACAACUCUCAGUCUCUUGCAGAUGUUGAGACGCGGGUGGAAAGGGUGGAGAAGAAGAUCAGGCAAAGGGAAAGGGCAAUUGAAGACGCGAAACAAGUUUAA